UCGGGGUGCUUGAGUUGUAGGCUUUCGAGAAGGUGGAACAGUCUUGGCGAAAACUAUGCAUGAUCGAGAACCCCUUUAAAUGUUUAAAUAAUAUUAAAAAAUAAAAAAAACUAAUGCCUCUUUUCCCUUCCAACCAUCGAAUCAAACACAGCAGGGGAGACGAAGUGAACUGGAAGCAGAGGUGGACGAACAAUGCUUCUUGCGCAUUGGCAAAUUGGUUCCCUGUACUGUUCUUCCCCUAAAUUUGGGGCCAAUCACGGUUGCCCACUAUCUUCAUCACUCAGCAACAAAUUCAUUGCCCCUCUAAGCCACACCAAGUUCAAAUACUUCCCCAAGUGUGCUUCCAAGUGUUCUUGCGUCAAAGAUGCACAAACAGCCAAGCCUAGGGCAUCUGAGGGCUUCUUGGCGCUGGAACGGGACGUUCCUUGGGACAGUGGGAGUGUAUGGAGCACCAUGGCUUUGUAUUUGUUCAGUUUACACAUUCCUCUGAGUUUUGGAGGGCUGUCUGUGGUUAGCUACCUGUUGCAUCGGCCUACUCUUGAUGCACAGACUGAGGCAAUGUCAUUGCUUGCUAUUCAGGCUAUUGAGCUUUAUGCUGUUUUUUGGCUACUGAAGUGCAUUGCAAAGCCUGAAUACAAGCUUACUGACUUCUUCGAAACAAAGAACCUGUCCAAAGAAAGGAGCUGGUGGUUGGCAGCAGUACUUGGUUUUGUGCUUCUUAUGUUGCUGGUUUUCUUUUCAUCCUUCCUCAUGGAUCAGUUAAAUGGGCCAAAGGACACAAAUAGCCCUAUAUUGAAAGAAAUCCUUUCAAGUGGUUUGUUCUCUAGAACUGCUUGUAUCCUUGUUUACUGCAUCAUCACGCCCCUGCUUGAAGAAAUUGUGUACAGAGGAUUUCUUUUGACUUCGCUUACAUCCAGAAUGAAAUGGCACCAAGCUGUUGUUACAAGCUCAGCUGUUUUCAGUGUGGCUCACUUCUCAGAAACAACAGGGAAAUAAUCUUGGACUUUUGACAUCUGUCCCAUUUACAAAGAGACAUGGACACAGGGUGGAGCUUGGAGUGUUCUGGCAAUCAGUUUCUAAGCCACUGAUGAUUGAUUCAAUUUUUCCAUGACUUCAAAAGCGGCCAUUGAACCUAGAAAGUGCUUGUCUAUAAGGUUGGGGUCCCAAAUGGACAUGAUCACCAACCUCAAAAUUCUUCUCAUUUCCUAGCACCAAAGAACUUCAUUCGUUGUAGUGCCUGAUGAAGCUGCUCUUGCAACUCCUUAAUGAUUGCUUCUUUCUUGCACUUCUUUGGCUGCUGCUUCAACGCGAGAUGCCCCAGGUACAUAUCUUGGCAACGUAGGAGGAGUUCUAGCAAUACUCAACCCAAGAAUUCCACCUCACCCACUUGUUGGCCCUAUGACUUAUAAAAGAAAGAAGAUGCAAUCUCUAUUGGUCUAUUGACCACCUUAUUUUUUCCAUCAGCUGGGAAAUGAUAGCUCGAGUUGAAACUGAAACUUGUAUCUUACCCCACAAUUUGAACACCUCUGCCAAAAGAAUACUUGUAACAGUAGGAUCUUGCUCACAUACAAUAGUUCCAGGCCUGCCAUAUAAUGUGAAUAUGUUUCCACAAACUAUUUGUGCUAAGGACGCUACAGCAUAUCGAUGCUAAAUUGGCAUAAAUCUGUAAAUUUAGAGAGUCUAUCAACAAUAUCAAA